CAGUGUCCGAUAAAUGACGUUAGACAGCCGACGAGUUUCUUAUCAGUGUUUGUCUGCCAAUGGAAUUAUAACAACCUCCCGGAGUCGCAAAAUAUCUCAGUGUUCUACAAGUUUUUCGAAUUAAUGCAUUUGUUCUGACAAUGCAGAACUUGUCGUACACCUUCAGAGGCUUUGUUGUGCCGGUAUUGACGCCGUUCACCAAUGGAUUGGCUUUAAAUUUAUCGGUGAUACCAGAGUAUGCGAAGUUCCUGGCUGAGAGAGGUAUCAGAGGAGUUUUAGUAAAUGGCACCAGUGGAGAGGGUAUGUCAAUGUCAGCCCCGGAGCGCGAACAUGUGGCUGAAGCCUGGGCGAAUGCUGUGAAAAUGACAAAGCAACAUCUUAUGAUUCAAGUGGGCGGUGCUCCCCUCCCUGACGUCAUUAGACUCGCCAAACAUGCAGAGCAAAUCAAAGCAAAUGCGAUACUCUGUUUACCGGAGUUGUACUUCAAACCGACUAAUGCGGAGCAGUUAAUUAAUUACCUGCAAAUUGUGGGCGAGGCUGCACCCACCAUUCCCCUGCUCUAUUACCAUAUACCUAUGUUUUCAAAUGUAGACAUCGACAUGGGGAAAUUUCUGGAGUCUGUUGGCAAUCGAAUCCCUUCAUUUGUUGGUAUUAAAUUUACAAGCACUAAUCUUGCCGAGGCAACUCAGGCUUUACACGCUGAUGGAGGAAGAUUUGUUGUCUUCUUGGGAAGUGAUCAGAUAAUGUCAGCUGGAUGUGCUGUGGGGCUCGAUUCUUUCAUUCCAACGAGCGUCAACAUAUUCCCUGAGAAAGCGUUACAAAUUUUGGCUGCUGGGAUGGCCGGUGAUGGGUUGAAAGCCAGAGAAGCUCAAGAAAAAUUGAAUAAAGCAGUCACUGCGAUAAUGAAACAUGGUAAUUGGGUCGUCACCAUGAAAACAGCAAUGACUCUUCUGACGCCAAUCAAUCCCGGUCCAGUUCGUUCCCCAAUUCAGGAACUCACCCAGGAAGCAGUCGACAUAAUGAAGAAAGAAUUACAAGCUCUUGGUUAUUCCAUCCAGACCUAAUUAAACAAGUGCAACAGCUUUUUACAAAUAAGCUGUUGCGUACCACAAUAUUAAAA